AUAUUAUCACAGAGUUGUUUGAAAAAUGCUAAUUAUUUUUUCAUGGGAAAUUUAGAAAAUAUAUUCAUAUUUUAAAGAAAAUUCUCUCAAAAAUGUUCCCUUUUUUAUUGAAAACCCAAAGCUGUUUUCAGUUUAGGCUAAAAAUUAUUGCUAUUCAAAAACGGAGACCCAAAAUGUGUUACUUAAUUAAAAGCAGACAGAAAAAAGAGGAAUUGUACCAAACCAUGAACAUUUUUACUAAACAACAAACUAAAAAAACCUUUUUGACUGAAAACGCCAAAAUUUUAACUACAAAACUGACAGAAAAGUGAAAACUUUUACUGAAAACUGAACAUUUUUACUGAUGGACAAAUAACAAAUAUUACCAAUUCUUUUCUCCAUUGGAAAAAAAUCCAGGAAAUGUAGACAGUUAUGAAAAUGUUCAUUUGAAUGAAAAGCUGUUCUUCAUCGAAAAUAUGUCCUGAUGAAAAUGUUUCCACAACCUCUAAUAAUUAGUAAUGGAAGAGUUUGCAAUGACUACCCAAACACAGCUGUUUGGCAUGGGCAUGAUAAAGGAAGACUUCCCUGUAGCUGAAAAGCUGAAGGUGUACAGUUUUCUCUCUGCUGGCGCUGAAGAAGUUAACUAGGUUGGGCCCAUGUUGAUGAAGCAGGUGAUGAACUGGGAACAGUGAAGCUCCGCCCCUCCACUGCUGCACAGCCACUCAGAUGUGUCCCUGCCCCGUGGCCACCCUGGAUAUAAAUCAGCACUGACCCCAUGCAGCCCUCAGUCUUUACAGACCUUCCUCCAGUGCCUGCGACUGCCUACCAAGCACCUCCUCAUUCUCCACUGGCGUCGUCAAGAUGUCCGUCAUCUCCGUCAAUAAGAAGUACAGGAGUUCCCCCCACAAUUUCAGCAGCCAAUCCUAUGCCUUCACUGGCCACUCCAGAACGAGCCCUGUGACUUAUGCCAUCUCCAGCCCAGGUGGCAGCAAAUUCAGAGGAGCCAGGAGCCCCUUGGGGCUGGGGAUGAGUGGUGGGGUCGGCAUUGAGGGUACUCUCGCAGCAGUGAACUUCAACCGGAGCCUGAUGAGUCCCAUCGGGAUUGGGCUUGACCCAGAGAUCCAGCGCGUGAAAGCUGAGGAGAAGGAGCAGAUCAAGACUCUCAACAAUAAAUUUGCCCACUUUAUCAACAAGGUUCGCACACUGGAGCAAGAGAACCAGGUGUUGAAGACUAAGUGGAACAUCCUGCAGGGCCAGAAAACGGGGCCCAGUAACAUGGAAAAAAUGUUAAAGGCGUAUAUCAACAGCUUGCAGAAGCAGCUGGAGGACCUGGGGCAACAGAGGGUUAAGCUGGAAUCCGAUCAGGGCAACAUGCAGGACCUUGUGGAAGAGUUCAAGAGAAAGUACGAAGACGAAAUCAACAACCGGAGUGAGAGGGAGAACCAAUUUGUUCUGACUAAGAAGGAUGUGGACGAGGCUUACAUCAAGAAGCAGGAACUGGAGGUCAAGUUGCAAAGUCUGACCGACGAAAUCAACUUCCUGAUGGAGCUUUAUGCCAAGGAGCUGCGCGAACUGCAGGCCGACGUAGAGAUGUCCAACAACCCCGUGGUCAUAUCCGUGGACAGCAGUCCCAAGCUAGACGUGGACAGCAUCAUUGCGGAGGCCAGAGUGCAGUAUGAGAAGAUGGCUGAGAACAGCCGAGAGGAAGCUGAGAACAAGUAUCGGAUCACGUACGAGCAGAUCCAGGAGAAAGCGGGCCAGCACGGGGAAGAGCUCCGUGCAGCCAAGGCCGAGAUCAACGAGCUGAACUGGAUGAUCCAACGGAUCCGGGCGGAGAUUGCGGCCCUGAAAGAACAGAACGCCAAGCUGGAGGCGAACAUUGUCCAGGCUGAGGAGCAAGGCAAGCUCGCCGUGGCGGAUGCUACAGGGAAGCUGCAGAAGAUGGAACAUGCCCUGCAGAAGGCCAAGGAGGACAUGGUGGUCCAGCUGCGGGAGUAUCAGGCGCUGAUGAACCUCAAACUGGCGCUGGAUAUCGAGAUCGCCACCUACAGGAAGCUGCUGGAAGGAGAAGAGAGCAGGUUGGAUUCCAGUAUGCAAAACCUGAGCAUUCUGACCAAGACAACCGGCUAUACCAGUGGGAUGAGCACAAGAUUCCCUGGCAAAUUUGGCAGCUCGUAAGCGCUGGCGCUGCCCCCGGUUCCUCCCCCCUGGAAAGCUUGACUGAGAAAAAUAAACCUGGGGAUGGAAAAUUGGUGUCCUGCUUCCUCCGGUGUCUUCUCAGAUGGUCCUCUGAUACAUUAGUGCUGUGAUACAUGAAGGGGGGGAGGGGAGUAGCUCCCUUUGAUGAACACCCAGCCAGCCAGUUAGCUGUGAAAUCCCUCUUGGUCAGUUCUCUGCUUGCUUUACCUGUAAAGGGUUAACAAGCGCACAGGUAAAAGACAAGGAGUGGGCACCUGACCAGAAGAGCCAAUGGGAAGGUAGAACUUUUUAAAAUCGCCCUCUGUCUGUUGUUCUCUGGGCUGCAGGGACACGGGGCAGUGAUGCUGUAAGCAGCUUUAAGCCGGGCUUGAUUAUAGAUGAUCAAUUCAUACCUCGAACCUACUUAUCUGGAGCCUCAGAUACGCACUAAAUUUAGGGAAUGUCUAAAAUGAUGCGAUUUAGGGUUAUUUCUUUUCUUUCUUAUUGGCUUGUGGACUCCUCUGCGCUAACCCCAGAUGCUUCUGUUUGCUUGUAACCUUUAAGCUGAACCCCCAAGCAAGCUA